CAUUUCAAUGACGUUUGUGCAACGUGAUAGCAUGCGCUGGAAAAUUCUGUUUUCAACAACUUCCGCUACUUCCUUUUAACUAAGAAGGCACAGGAACGUUAUCAAAAGGUUUAGAAAGGUUUUCGGGAACGUUUAAUCGGUCCACAGUUUUAGUGAAAAGUUAAAUGGAUCACGAUAAUGGGGAGAAUCUCGACUGGUCAAUGCAACGACGAGUGGAUGGUUUGGUGAACAAACAUAUGGCAGACAUUGCUCUGGAAACACUCCAGCAUAGACUGUCUGCUGUGUCCGAUGAGAUGCACAGUCUGGUUGAACAUGUCUCCAGACGCUCAGGGGAGGAGUUUAAAGAUGAGCCGAGGCGAGGAGACGUCAGUUUCGGUGUGGAGCCGCUCUCCGACUGUAGCACCGAAGCCGCUGACAAGUUUAUCUCAGCUUCAUCCACAGAGCCUGUUGCACAGCGGAAGAUCAUCUCCCUAUUGGUGGAAAUCAAAGAGGAGCAGCAAAGGCAGUGGGAAGUGCUGAGGGAUCUUCAGGCCCGACUACAGAGUCAGGCUGGCUAUGAGGAGGAGGAUGUGGAGGCUCUGGAAAUGGAUCUCCCCCUGAAUACUCUCGAGCAGCUGGAUGAGAUGGAGAGACAGCUGGAGGACCCAGGAAUACAAAAGAGAAUGGUGUCUUACCUGUCACGGAUGGGUGGGGCUACAGUCGAUGAUGCAGUGAGACGGCUUAUGCAAGCUGUGCUUUCAUUCGCUGUUGGUUCUGAGCUCAAUUGGGUGGGCCGCGGACAGAAGAGGAGCUUCAGGAACACUCGCCUCCAAGGGGUCCUCUUCCGUGCUCUGAAACGAACACCAGUGGGUAAAGAGGCCACACAUCAUCAGUAUGCUGACGUGGUGAAGAAAUGGCUGCGGUUUGCCCCAUUCAGACAAGGAGGGACUGGCCGUCGCUGUUGCAAACCUUCCACAGAGUUUCCGGAUUCUGAAGAUACUGACCAAAGUUUUAACCAAAGCUGCACACACUGAUAUUUAUCUCACUUAAUUGGUUAUCCCAAGAUAAAUAAACUUAAGGGGUUCUGUUCUUGGACCAGAUGUCCUCAUGUAAAAACUUUUUUUUUUUUUUUUUUUUACAUAUACCUGCACAUUGCACAUUUAUUAUUUUUCUUCCUCCAAAGUGCUAAUAGUGCAAAUAUGUCCCUUUUUUUUAAAGGAGCUGAAUAAGGAGACAUUUUCUCAGUUUCAGUGAGCUGUGUUAGGGAACGAAAACUUGGCAACAGUGUGCCUUUUAUGAACUUCACUUGAAAAAUGGACACAUUUGACAAGAAUACAAUAAUUCUUUUUAAAAUAUCGGUAAGUGCAUAUCAUUCUCAUUUGUUUAAAAAUGGACAUAUAGUGAGCCAGAGUGAAACCAUCCACUGUAUGAAUUUGUGUUAAAGCAUUGUUUUACAUUUUGUACACCAACAACGUUAUUCCCUAUUUCAUUGCCUAAUGCAGCUUUGUAACUACUGAGGGUUACGUAUACAGCAUGUGAGAAUUUGUACAGUGGAUGUUCACAGUUUAUACUGUAGGGGGCAACAAAUUCAACAUCAUUGGUUUAUUGAGUCAUGUUUCUCAAAGUGGUUUAAAGUUUCUGUCAUCCCUGUCUUCUCAUGUCUCAAAAUGUUGUAACAUCAAACUGUAUUUGCAGUUUUUCAGUAAAUUAAAUACUAUAUUGCCUG